AUGCUGCCCAAAGACAGCCUUGUCGAAGACCUUGUCAUAGUACCACCCACACGCACCCAACAUGCCCUCGGAGGCGACUGCGUUGUGCCUAAGAUAGAUGGGCUUAAGUUUAAGGUAAAUGGGCUUAAGUCUAAGGUCGAUGGGUUUAGGUCUAAGGUGAAUAGGCUUAAGUCUAAGGUGAAUGGACUUAGGUCGAAGGUGAAUGGACUUAAGUCUAAAAUUGAUGGGCUUAGGUCUAAGGUGCAUGGGCUUAGGUCUCAGGUGAAUGGGCUUAGGUCUAAGGUGAAUGGGCUUAGGUCUAAGGUGAAUCAGCUUAAGUCUAAGGUGAAUAGGCUUAAGUCUAAGGUUGAUGGGCUUAGGUCUAUGGUGAAUGGGCUUAAGUGUAAGGUGCAUGGGCUUAAGUGUAAGGUGAAUGGGCUUAAGUUUAAAGUGAAUGGGCUUUAA